AUGUUUCUGCCGCCGGAGGUAGAGGCGCCAGGGAGGAGAGAAAGGAUGAGCUGCUUCUCUUGUUGCAAGCGGGUGGAUGAGCCUGAAGAAUCUGUAAGGAAUACCAGAACAGGGAGGACAUAUUCUAAUUCUAGUGGCGGGAGGAGAUUGACCGCCCUUAUUGCAACUUUCUCUAUUAAGUCAGGUAGCAGCCAAUGUAGGAAUUUGCACAAAGAGAUACUCAAGACUGGACAUGCAAAAAAAGCCGCUCAGCUCUUUACAUAUCAGGAAUUAGCUGCUGCAACUGAUAACUUCAAUCCUGAUUCUCUGGUGGGAGAAGGUGGAUUUGGGAAGGUGUACAAAGGAUACAUAAACAGCAUCAAACAAGUUGUGGCCGUGAAGCAACUGGACAGGAAAGGAUUGCAAGGGGGUAGAGAGUUCUGUUCUGAAGUUAUCAUGUUGAGUUUGGUUCAACACCCAAACCUCGUCAAUCUGAUUGGCUACUGUGCAGAAGGAGACCAGAAAAUUUUAGUGUAUGAAUUCAUGGCCAAUGGUUCUUUGGAGAAUCACUUUCUAGAUCUAUCUCCAAAUAGAGAGCCUCUUGAUUGGUAUACCAGGAUGAAAAUAGCUGAAGGAGCAGCUAGAGGACUUGAGUACCUGCAUGAGACUGCCAAUCCACCGGUGAUUUAUCGUGACUUCAAAGCAUCUAAUAUACUGUUAGAUGACAAAUUCAGUCCUAAGCUCUCUGAUUUUGGACUUGCUAAGUUAGGUCCAACCGGAGACAAGGACCAUGUGUCUACAAGGGUGAUGGGAACUUAUGGCUAUUGUGCACCAGAGUAUGCUUCAACAGGACAGCUGACAACCAUGUCUGAUGUAUACAGCUUCGGCGUUGUAUUUCUGGAGUUAAUCACGGGAAGGAGAGCUAUUGAUGAUAGAAGGCCAGUUAGAGAACAGAACCUAGUCAGUUGGGCAAAGCCAAUGUUAAUGGACAGAAUAAAAUAUGCAUCAAUGGCUGACCCGUUGCUUGGAGGGAAAUUUCCGGUAAAGGGUCUGAAUCAAGCUGUUGCAAUUGCAGCAAUGUGUCUCAAUGAGGAAGCUGACUGCCGACCUUCGAUGGGUGAUGUUGUAACUGCCCUCGAGCAUCUAUCCUUGCCAAUAUAUGAUGAACUGGAUGCCAAGGGUGCAUCAGGAAACAAUGGUGGGCAUGUUGAAUCAGUAAAAAGAAAAAGUUUUAAAGGAGACCGAGAGCUAUAG